UUGGAGAGGAGGCGGGACUAGUGCAGUCUCAAGUCUCAGUCGCUCUCUCGCUCUCGCCUUCACUGCCGUGGCUCCUCAGCGGCGAGCGACAAAGAGCAUGCCGAACGCCACUCUGGAGAGCGGCGACGACCCGAAGUACGCGCUGCUGUUCGGCUCCGUGGUGGCGCUGGGUCUGCCGUCCAACGCCGCCUCGCUGUGGAUCCUGGUGCGGCGCCACAGCCUCCAGUCCCCCUGCGUCAUCUUCAUGGUGAACCUGGCCAUCUCGGACCUGAUGCUCGUCGCCACCUUGUGCACGAGGGUCUACUUCUACGCCACGGGGGUGUGGUCCCUGGGCAACAUGGCGUGCGUCUGGAUCACCAUGCUCUUCCGCAACAACAUCCGCUCCAGCUCCAUCUUCAUCACCUUCAUCAGCGUGGACCGGCUGCUGGCGGUGGUCUACCCUCUGAGGUUCCGCCACCUGCGGACCGCGUCCAACGCCUGCAGGGCCGCCGCGUUGGUUUGGCUCUUCGUGGUGGCGGUGAACGUGGAAGAGGGGCUGGAGUUCUCGGCGUUCCUCAUCAAGCUCAACGAGUCCGCCUGCUUUGACUUCCGCGAACGGCCUCCGAGAAUGUCGGCCAUCACGUACUUUCAGCCCGCGCUGGUGCUCACCAUGCUGGCGGUCAACGUCGCGUCCACCGCUCUGGUGUCUCUGACGCUGCGCACGCGGUCGAGGAGCCAAGCCAGGAUCAAGAACAAGGUGAACGUCAUGCUGAUCUUCGCCAUGAACUUGGCGAUGUUCGCCGUGUUUUUCUUGCCCGUGUCAAUGGAGGUUUUCUUUGGCGAAGAAAGCUGGAAUAAAUUCCACAAGUCGCUGGUCUGUCUCGCCAGCGUGAACUGCUGCCUGGACCCUCUGUUGUACUACUUCUCCUUCGACGGCUUCUGGAAGAGAAAAGAGGAGAUGGACGCGUGUACCACAAGAGGGUAGUUGGUAAAAAAAUGAAAAAUUAAAAGAAGACUGGGAAAUCACUGUUAAAGUUUAUUUUUGGGAUACAAUUCUGAAUGUUUGGAUAAUAUCUCUUUUUAUUGAUCGUGACUUGGUCUGUUAUCAACAGAAAGAACCCUCAAACCCUGUACGCUAAUCUUGCAUCUCUUUCUUUGAGCGUUUCGUGCACAAACCUCACCCUGCGUCCUCGUGCACAGUCCAGCCUCCUCGAAGCAUGCAGAGUCACAGACGAUGGGAAACAAACAGCAUGAAUGAGACGGGUUUAGUGGAUACCAGCCGUGCACUCAUUCUGAAACAGGUUGGAAAAAAGUCUCAAGUUUAAUUAGUUUAACUGUAAAUUUAAGAAAGAUGUUUUUGCAAAAUUGCUGUAUGACCUUUUCUAGUGUUUUAGUAUAAAAAUAAAAAAUAUUUUUGAAAUAUUUAUUGCAAGCAGGAAAUGGAAUUAAUA